UGUUUUCUCUUCCCUUUAGGCUGCUACCAUCAUGCGUCCUUGGGAAGCCAUCACAGGCCUCAUACUACUGUGGACAGAUGCUGUGGUGUCCCAGGUACGAGUGAGUGGAGUGGUGGGUCAGUCUGUCACGCUACCCUGCACGUACUCCACAGCUGGCGGAGUCACAGCCAUGUGCUGGGGCCGAGGGCCAUGUCCGUGGUAUCUGUGCUCAAAUCAACUCAUCAAGACUGAUGGACACCGUGUCAUCUUUCAGAGGAACAAGCGUUAUGAGCUCAAUGGACCCAUUUCUAAAGGGAAUGUGUCUUUAACCAUAAAGAAUGCGACCCAGGCCGACAGUGGCAUAUAUUGUUGCCGUGUGGAGCUCUCAGGGUGGUUUAAUGAUUUGAAAGUCAACAUAUUAUUGGAGAUGAAGCCAGCUCCACCUAAGGUCACCCGUGUUCCAACAUCACAUCGGGUGUCUACCUCUGCUCCUACAACGCCAGCAUACACUCAGAAACGCAAGACAGCUCCACCUAAGGUCACUAGUGUUCAAACAUCACUUCAGGUCUCUACCUCUAUGCCUACAACGCCAGCAUCCACGCAGAAACGCAAGACAGCUCCACCUAAGGUCACCCGUGUUCCAACAUCACAUCAAGUCUCUACCUCUGCUCCUACAAUGCCAGCAUCCACACCAAACCUCAAGACAGAUACUACUUCAUCUUCUCCAAUGCAGACAGCAGAAACUCAGCUUAUCACACCACAGGAAACAAAUACAAGCAGCUUACCAGUGAACCCUUGCCUAACAGAUGGGAAUGGCACUGUGGCAGAGCCUUCAGAUGGCGUUUGGGAAUACAAUGAAACUCACAUGUGCCUGGAAGAAAAGGAACGGAUGACCACCAAUGAGGCACUCUACAUUGGAAUCUCCAUUCCCAUCGUGCUAUUGCUCGCUAUUUUGACUGCCAUCAUUACCAAAAAAUAUUUAUGCACAAGAAGAAAGGUGUUGCAAAUACGCAAGGUUUUAUUCAAUGACCCUAAGAAUGGAACUUUGGAAAACCCUGCUGCAGUACGCUACCAAGCAGAUGAGAAUAUCUACAUUGAGAACAAUCUUUACAACGUGCAUUCAGACUCGGUGGCCCACUAA